UAAUGUCUCUAACAAGCAUGUUUAUUUCUGGGAUUGUGGUCUUUUAUAUGGUAACCUUCGCAGGUGCGACGAGUUCUUGCCGAACAGCAGACGGUCAAUAUGAUGUCACUGUGAAUUAUCGUGGUAAAAAUGGUCAAGAAACUUCUAAAUCUACAGUAAUUGUAUUUUACGCCUUCAUGUCAAAAUCAAUUAGGAGCCCGGCCGUUGGUCGCCGACUGGUAUUUGAUUUAAUAAAGACAAACCAAGGUGGUGGAUAUAAUCGCCACACAGUCGUGUUUACCUGUCCAAGGAAUGGGACAUACGUUUUCGUGUGGGUUAGACUGGUUUCUGCAUAUCAUUCCUUUGAGUUUAUGAUCAAUAAUUCUGUGUAUGGAUCAACCUACAUUUAUAACAAAUAUACCGACGGUAGCGAUAGUGGUACAGUCGUUGCGAAUGUGUCUAAGGGCGAUAGUGUUUAUGUUCGUAUGCACUCUUCCUAUAAAGGUAUAGGUAAAUUAAAUAGUAAUGAACACGGCAGACCCGCAUUUUCUGGUUGGUUACUGAACUAGACAGUUUUAUUUAAAUAAAUGCAUUCUCUCAAA